CAAGGAGAAAAAAAAGGGAGAGGAGAACAAGCACGUAAGGAGAAAAACAACAAUCUUGUUUGCUGAGAAAAAGCUCAGAGGCUCUUGCGAUUUGUGGAGAUGUCGUUAUUCAAUUGAAGUUAUCCGUUUUAACUUCUCCAGAAUGGACCAUACUGCCAGUGGUGAGGGUCCUGCUAUACUGCAGUUACAUAAAUGGGGUCCCUCAGAGUUGCCACUCAAUCUGUCGGAAUAUCAUGAAGCAUUUAUAUCUCCGACAAGGGAGUUACUGUUAUUGCUUUCGUACCAAUGCCAAGCUUUGCUACUUCCUUUGACUACAGGGGGCUCUGUAGAUGCUGAUAUUUGUCAAAGUCAUCAUGAUGAGAGACCCCAAAAUUUAGAUUUAUUAGCUUGUAGGUCUAAUUUAAAGGAUGAUAUUCCAUGCACUUCUGGAUCAGCAAUAGAUUCUGAUAACGGUAUUUCCCUUGAACCUGGAUUUUCAAGGUGUAACGGUUAUCCCUUUAUUUAUGAUGUAAACUCAUUGGCUUGGGGUGUGUGUGGGGAUACCUAUAAUCAGCACAAAGAUGGUUCAUUUAGAGAACUUCUUUUUGUGUCUGGCAAUCAAGGUGUGAUGGUACAUGCCUUCUCCCAGCCUGACAAGAGCCGCGUGACUGAAGCAAUGUUAGCAGGUGAGUUCAGGGAAGGGACAUGGGUUGAGUGGGGCCCUUCGUCCUCAUCAUUUCAACAUAACAAUAAAGAGAAGACAAUUGAUUUGUCUUUUGAAGCGUCUCAGAAAACCAUUGAAAAUAGCAUCACAAAUGGAAAUUUAGGAGUUCCAGACAAGAUAUGUAAGAAAGUUGGAGCUGACGUAUUGUCAGGAACUGACACUUCAAAGAGGUGGUUGCGAUCAUUUUUCACUAAAGCUGAAACUGUUGAAUAUGAGGGUGGCAUUUGGACCAGGUUUCCUCCUAAAUCAUCAUUUCCUUGCUCUGCGAAGGUUGUUUCUUUUAGCAUUUUUACUAGUGAUUUCCCAGUUCUGAGAUUCCUUAGUAAAAAGAACUCUUCAUCAAGUGGGGAGGGCUGCCGAGAGACUAUUAGAAAUCUAAAAAAUGGUUCCCAUGAAAAUGUUGAGUUGGAUACUUCUGAUGUUGGUUCCAGCACUUCAUACAAAUGCUGCAGAGUGUUCUCUAGCAGUUCUCAUCAUAUAAUUGGAUUCUUUUUAACACUCAUGAACUCUGCAUCUUUCAAUGCUAUUGAUGGAAGUGAAAAAAGGAUUAAGAAUAUAAUUGUCAUUGCCAGGUUGAAUAUUUGGGGAAUUCAGUGGGUUUCUUUGGUGAAGCUUCCACAAAAUGAAAAUACAUUUCCACUGGAUGAUUGGAAAGACUUCCACUUUUCUGGUGAUUUUCUUAUUUGCCUCAAUGCUUCUGGCUUAGUGUUCUUUUAUAACGCAGUGUCUGGUGAGCAUGUUGCACAUCUUGAUAUUUUACGGGCUUGUGAGUUACAGUGUUUUGCGAAUUUGCGUGAACCAGAAAGGUCAACUCUAAAUGAUGAUAUGCAAAACAAGUCAAAUUAUCAGCAUAGUGAUUUAUUUGGUAGAAGAACAUUUAAGAGGCUACUUGUUGCAUCAUAUACACCUCUUUUGGCUGUGGUUGAUGAAUUCAAUAUAGUGUAUGUGAUAUAUGCUGGGGACUGUCUACCAGACAAGUGUUGUGCAUUUGAAAAAUUGCUUCCACAUUAUCAGCAUUUAGGACUUGGGAUGUUGGUUGGUUGGGAUGUAGGGAGUUCGGAUGUAAGCCACCAAAAGAUAUAUAUUGGUUCUUCAAAUUCUUGCAAUUUAAAUAGUUCUUCCAAAACGAAUGAAAUUUUAUCCUUUUGUGAUAAUAUUGGAAACAAUAUUCUUCAGAAAAUCCAUGGCUGGAAACGUUAUGGAAAUGAGUGCCUUCCUGAUUCAAUCUUGAAUGGUUUUUCUUCAGCUUCAAAAGUAAUGAAUGAGAAAGUUCAUGAUUCAAAAAUACAUUUUCACCUUAUGCGAAAGAUUUUUCUUCCUACAGAUAGAUAUAGUGAUGAUGACUGUAUUUGUUUUUCUCCUUUUGGGAUUACCCGGUUCAUUAGAAGGCAGAAUAUCAAGGACCGCAAGAGUUCUCAAAUUGUACAUUUUAAUUUGCACACAGAUUCGAUAGUCCAAGAUGAUAGAUUCUUGAAUUUGGGAAGCAAAAAUUUUUCUCUCCAAGGAAGAGUAGAAGUUUCUAUUGGAGAAGCUGUCGGUUGUACUUUCCAGGGUUGUUUUUAUUUGGUGGCUGAUGGUGGUCUUUCGGUAGUUCUCCCCUCUGUUUCGGUUUCAUCAAAUCUCCUUCCCAUUGAAACCACUGAUUAUCAGCAGUCAGGUAUUGGUACUGGCGUUGGAUGUCACACAAAAAAUAUUCUGGGACUGGAAGAGCCAAAAAUGUUAUGGUCACCUUGGAAAGUUGAAAUUUUGGAUAAAGUUCUUCUCUAUGAAGGUCCUGAAGAGGCAGAUCGUUUAUGCUUGGAAAAUGGAUGGGAUCUGAAGUUUUCACGGAUGCGUCAGCUGCAAAUUGCAUUGGACUACUUGAAAUUUGAUGAAGUAAAGCAGUCUCUGGAGAUGCUUGUGGGUGUCAACCUGGCAGAAGAAGGUGUUUUAAGACUGCUUUUUGCUGCAGUUUAUCUUAUGUUUGGAAAAAAUGGCAAUGAUAAUGAGGUUUCUGCUGCAUCAAGGCUACUUAAAUUAGCCACCUGGUUUGCUACCAAAAUGAUCCAUGAAUAUGGAUUAAACCAGCUUAAAAGGGAUGCAUUCAUGUUUCAGGGCUUAGAUAGGCCCCAUGUCCUUGCUCUUCCUUCAGUAUUACCUGAUAAAACACAAAAUGAAGUAGGAACUUCUACAAGACUUCGGGAGAUGGCUCAUUUUUUGGAGAUUAUUCGUAAUCUGCAAUAUCAACUUAGAGCAAAACUUAAAAAGCCCGGCCAAGGAUUGGUGGAUCGGAAGGAGCAAUUAAGUAUGGUAGAUCCAAGUUUCCUUCAGGAUGAAUUUCAGUUUUCAACACCUUCAGUAGAUUCGCUGGAGACCUUGAAUGAACAUGAGCUUCAGAUUCCUGCAUUGGCAUUCCCACCCAACAAUAAUGAGAAGCUUGCUUUGGUGCCCAAGAAUGCUAUAAGCACUGAAGCUUAUGUGGACUUAGAGGAUCCUACUGAAGCAGCUGCCCUUAUUCCACGAGGAAUGGGAUCAGGGAAAAUUCUUCCUACUGAAAAUCCAAAAGAGAUGAUUGCACGUUGGGAAAUAGAUAAUCUGGAUUUGAAAACUGUGGUAAAAGAUGCUUUACUCUCUGGACGCCUCCCUUUAGCUGUUCUUCAACUCCAUCUUCAUCGUUCUAUCGAAUUCAACUCUGAUGAAGAGCCUCAUGAUACCUUCAAUGAAGUUAGUGACAUUGGAAGAGAUAUUGCUUAUGACCUAUUUUUGAAGGGUGAAACUGAGCUUGCUAUAGCAACAUUACAAAGGCUUGGAGAGGACGUUGAAAUCUGCCUCAAGCAGUUGUUAUUUGGCACAGUGAGGAAAACACUCCGUGUGCAAAUUGCUGAGAAGAUGAAGAGAUAUGGUUACCUGGGAUCAGUUGAGUGGAAAAUAAUGGAGAGAAUAUCACUUAUUGAGCGGAUUUAUCCUAGCUGUAGUUUCUGGAAAACGUUUCAUGAUCGCAUGAAAGAGUGCAUGCACGUGUCAUCAACCUUAAACCCACCAGAGGGAAUUCAUUUGUGCCUGUUGGACUUCUUCAACAAUUUAAAAAUUGAAUGUGGUGAGAUUGAUGGAGUCGUUUUAGGUGCAUGGGCAAAUGUUAAUGAAAAUUCAUCUGAUACUGUGCUUGAACAAGAUGAUGUUCAUACCGGAUACUGGGCUGCUGCUGCUGUGUGGUCCAAAGCUUGGGAUCAGAGAACCAUUGAUCGUAUAGUAUUGGAUCAGCCUUUUGUAAUGGGUGUUCAUGUGUCAUGGGAGUCACAAUUGGAAUAUCACAUUUACCAUAAUGACUGGGAGGAAGUCUUCAAACUCUUGGACCUUAUUCCUACAUCAGUUUUAUCAAUUGGAAGCCUCCAAAUAGCUUUGGAUGGUUUCCAGCCUGCCUCAACAAUUGAGUGCAGCGGAUUUCCCGACUUCGGGAAUUAUAUGUACUCUGUUGAAGAACUGGAUGCUGUAUGUAUGGAUGUUCCAGAUGUUAAGAUUUUUAGGUUGUCUUCCAUUUUUAUGUGUUCUACGUGGUUAAGGAUUCUGAUAGAGAAGGAGCUUGUAAAGAAACUGAUAUUUUUGAAAGAAUACUGGGAGGGCACUGCAGAGGUAGCAUCUGUUCUUGCACGAUCAGGCUUCAUUACGAAGAGAUUAAAGAUUUCAUUUGAAGACAAUUCCACUGGGAGAUCAUGGGAUACAGAUUUCUCAAGCAGGAAUGAAAAUUUUCGUGCAGAGACUGUGCAAGCUUUGGAUAAAUUACUCAUUCGUUACUGUGCACAACAUAACUUGCCAAAUCUUCUGGACCUUUACCUUGAUCGUCACAAGUUGGUUGUCGAUGAUGAGUCCCUUCUUUCAUUACAGGAAGCUGCUGGAGAUUGUCAUUGGGCAAGAUGGUUGCUUUUGUCAAGGUUUAAGGGUCAUGAAUAUGAUGCAUCUUUUGAAAAUGCUCGUUCAAUAAUGUCUCGUAAUUUGAUUCAUGAUGGCAGCCUCCAUGGUCACGAAGUAGAUGAAAUAAUUUAUACUAUUGAUGAUAUCGCAGAGGGAGGCGGAGAGAUGGCAGCAUUAGCUACUCUAAUGUAUGCUUCUGCUCCAAUCCCAGAUUGCUUAACUAGUGGAAGUGUCAACAGGCAUAACAGCUCCACAGCGCAAUGCACAUUAGAAAAUCUGAGACCUACUUUGCAGCACUAUCCUACAUUGUGGCGCACACUUGUAUCUGGAUGUUUUGGACAAGAUACAUCUUUUGGUUUCUCGCGCAUCGGAGCAAAAAAUGCUUUAGCAGAAUACUUAAAUUGGCGUGACAACAUCUUCUUCUCUACUGGACAUGAUACUUCACUACUACAGAUGCUGCCUUUCUGGUUCCCUAAAGCUGUACGGCGAUUGAUCCAGCUUUAUUUGCAGGGUCCCCUUGGAUGGCAAUCACUUUCAGGUUUGCCUACUGGAGAAUCUUUGUUGGACAGAGACGUUGAUUUUUACAUAAAUGCUGAUGAACAAGCUGAGAUUAAUGCUAUCUCCUGGGAAGCAACUAUACAAAAGCAUGUUGAAGAGGAACUUUAUCACUCUUCACUCAAGGAAACUGGACUUGGGCUUGAACAUCAUUUGCAUCGUGGACGUGCGCUUGCAGCUUUUAAUCAUCUUCUGAUCUCAAGAGUUGAAACGUUGAAAAUGGAUGGGAGAUCCAAUGCUUCUGGACAAACAAAUGUUCAAUCAGAUGUCCAGAUACUUCUUGCACCUAUAUCUGAGAAGGAAGGGUGUCUUCUUUCAUCUGUCAUGCCCUUUGCUAUUACCCAUUUUGAAGAUAAUGUUUUGGUGGCAUCAUGUUCGUUUCUUUUAGAGCUUUGUGGCAUAUCAGCCAGCAUGCUCCAAGUAGAUGUAGCUUCAUUGAGACGAAUAUCUUUCUUUCACAAAUCCAUUCAAAAUAAGGAGAAUUCUAGGCAACUUCCAUCUAAGGGUUCAGCAUUUCAUGCUGCAACACAUGAUGACAGUAUUAUGGAGUCUCUAGCUCGAGCAUUGGCCGAUGAAUGUAUGCAUGGGGGUAACUCUACGCAAAGGGGAUCUCUUAUUUCAGUUUCUAGUAAACAGCAUUCUCGAGUUCUUAUGCUUGUCUUGCAGCAUUUAGAGAAGGCUAGUCUUCCACAAUUAGUGGAGGGAAGAACAUGUGGAUCUUGGCUGUUAACUGGUAAUGGUGAUGGAACUGAAUUGAGAUCUCAACAAAAAGCUGCUAGUAAGUACUGGAGUUUGGUAACUCUCUUCUGUCAGAUACAUCAGCUGCCCUUGAGUACAAAAUAUCUUGCUGUAUUAGCAAGAGAUAAUGACUGGGUCGGGUUUUUGUGUGAAGCUCAGAUUGGUGGAUACUCAUUUGACACAGUGUUCCAAGUUGCAUCAAAGGACUUCAGUGAUCCUCGUCUUAAGAUUCACAUACUAACAGUUUUGAAAAGCAUGCAAUCGAAGAAAAUGGCUAGCUCCCAAACAUACCUGGAUAAGAAGAGUGAAAAUCCCUUCCCAGAGGAAAAUGUAUAUAUACCCAUAGAAUUCUUUAGAGUUUUAGCAGAUUGUGAGAAGCAGAAAAACCCUGGAGAGGCGUUAUUGCUAAAAGCAAAAGACUUCUCCUGGUCUAUUUUGUCCAUGAUUGCAUCAUGCUUUCCAGACGUGUCUCCACUGGCAUGCUUAACAGUUUGGCUGGAAAUAACUGCAGCCAGGGAAACUAAAUCCAUCAAGGUGAAUGACAUAGCUAGCCAGAUAGCAGAUAAUGUUGCAGCAGCUGUAGAAGCUACCAAUUCCUGGUCAUGUGGCAGCAGAUCACUUUCAUUUCAUUACAAUAGGCGGAAUCCAAAACGAAGGCGGCUUUUGGAAUCUUUAUGUAGGACUCCUUUUCCUGGGGCAUCCGAUAGUUCAACUAGAAUAUUUUCUGCUGAGUGCAGUACUGCUGGAGAAGAGAAAAAGAUUGAACUCGGUGAACAGAUUAAUGUUUCAAGUGAUUUUAAUGAAGGUCCAGCUUCUCUGGCCAAGAUGGUUGCUGUUCUUUGUGAACAGCGCUUGUUUCUGCCUUUACUAAGAGCAUUUGAAUUGUUCCUCCCCUCUUGUUCUUUCCUGCCAUUUAUCCGGGCACUUCAGGCAUUUUCUCAAAUGCGUCUGUCUGAAGCUUCAGCACAUCUUGGUUCCUUUUCUGCUAGAAUCAAGGAAGAACCAAGUCAUUUACAGACAAAUAUUGGAAGAGAAGGGCAAAUUGGAAUGUCAUGGAUUAGUUCCACUGCUAUAAAAGCUGCUGAUGCUACACUUUCAACUUGUCCAUCUCCUUAUGAAAAAAGGUGCUUAUUGCAACUUCUUGCUGCUGCCGACUUUGGAGAUGGAGGCUCUGCGGCUGCUCGCUAUCGACAACUUUAUUGGAAAAUUAAUCUAGCAGAGCCUUCUUUGCGUAAAAAUGAUGAUCUGCACCUUGGGAAUGAAACUCUUGAUGAUGCUUCCCUCCUAACAGCACUAGAAGAGAACAUGCAGUGGGAGCAAGCACGCAACUGGGCAAGGCAGUUGGAGGCUAGUGGUGGACCUUGGAAAUCUACUUUUCACCAAGUCACUGAAACUCAGGCUGAAUCCAUGGUAGCUGAAUGGAAAGAAUUCCUUUGGGAUGUGCCUGAAGAGAGAGUUGCUUUAUGGGGUCACUGCCAGACUUUAUUCAUCAGAUAUUCCUAUCCUGCUUUACAGGCAGGAUUGUUUUUCCUUAAGCAUGCAGAAGCAGUGGAGAAAGAUCUUCCAGCUAGAGAGCUUCAUGAAAUGUUGUUGCUCUCUCUUCAAUGGUUAAGUGGGAUGAUAACCAAGUCCAACCCAGUUUAUCCUUUACAUCUUCUGCGAGAAAUUGAGACUAGAAUAUGGCUUUUGGCCGUAGAAUCUGAAGCUCAAGGGAAAAGUGAAGGGGAGAUCAUUUUAACUGGUUCUAGCCAGAAUCUUCUGACAAGGAACAUUUCCAGCAUUAUUGAUCGAACUGCUAGCAUAAUAGCAAAGAUGGACAAUCAUAUUAAUUCAAUGAAGAAUGUAACUGUGGAGAAAUAUGAUUCUAAGGAACCACUCCACAGAAACCAAGCAUUAGACUCAAGUUCUUCUACUGUGACAAUUGGGAGUUCAAAGACAAAACGAAGGGCCAAAGGCUAUGUAUCAUCAAGAAGGACAAUGGUGGACCCAGUGGAUAAAGGCCCUGAGCCUGAAGAUAGUUCCAAUCCUCCCAACCUUAGAAAUGAUGUCCAGUUGCAAGAUGAAAGCUUAAAAAUUGAAAUAUCAUUUUCUAAGUGGGAGGAGAGGAUUGGGCCUGGAGAGCUAGAAAGGGCUGUUCUGUCCUUACUGGAGUUUGGACAAAUAUCGGCUGCAAAGCAACUCCAACAGAAGCUGUCACCAGGACAGAUGCCUUCUGAACUCAUACUCGUGGAUGCUGCUUUGAAACUUGCUGCAAUGUCCACUCCUACCAGCCAAAUACCAAUAGAAAUGCUUGAUGAGGAACUUCUUUCUGUUAUUCAGUCAUAUAAACCAAUCGACCAACAUCUCAUCUACCCACUGCAGGUGUUGGAGACUUUAGCAACUGUUUUCACUGAAGGUAGUGGACGUGGAUUAUGCAAGAGAAUAAUAGCAGUAGUCAAAGCUGCAAAUGUGUUGGGUCUUUCAUUUUCAGAGGCAUUUGGCACACAAGCUAUUGAAUUGCUACAGCUACUUUCUCUUAAAGCACAAGAGUCUUUUGAGGAAGCAAAUCUCCUUGUGCGAACUCAUGUCAUGCCUUCUGCUAGUAUCGCUCAAAUUCUUGCAGAGACCUUUCUAAAGGGUUUAUUGGCUGCUCAUCGUGGGGGAUAUAUGGAUUCUCAGAAAGAGGAAGGGCCAGCUCCUCUUUUGUGGAGAUUUUCAGAUUUCUUGAAGUGGGCUGAGCUGUGUCCUUCUGAACCUGAAGUUGGCCAUGCAUUAAUGCGUUUAGUGAUUACUGGACAAGAAAUACCGCUUGCCUGUGAGGUUGAGCUUCUUAUUCUUUCACACCAUUUCUACAAAUCAUCAGCAUGCCUUGAUGGGGUUGAUGUUCUUGUAGCCCUUGCUGCUACCAGGGUUGAAGCUUAUGUUUCUGAGGGUGAUUUUGCAUGUUUGGCUCGCUUGAUAACUGGAGUCGGAAACUUCUAUGCCCUUAAUUUCAUUCUUGGUAUUCUCAUAGAAAAUGGUCAAUUAGGUCUACUUCUUCAGAAGUAUUCCGCUGCUGCAAACACAACUGCUGGCACUGUUGAGGCUGACAGAGGAUUUCGAAUGGCUGUUCUGACAUCAUUGAAGCGUUUUAACCCUUACGACCUUGAUGCAUUUGCUAUGGUAUAUAAUCACUUUGACAUGAAGCAUGAAACAGCAUCUCUGUUGGAGUCACGAGCGGAGCAAGCUUCCCUGCAAUGGUUUGAAUGCUAUGAUAGAGACCAGAAUGAAGAUCUCCUGGAAUCGAUGCGCUAUUACAUUGAAGCUGCUGAAGUUCACGCUUCAAUUGAUGCUGGCAACAAAACACGUAGGGCUUGUGCCCAGGCUUCCCUUGUCUCCCUUCAAAUACGAAUUCCAGAUUCUAAGUGGCUCCACCUGUCUGAAACCAAUGCUAGGCGCGCGCUAGUUGAACAAUCUCGAUUCCUGGAGGCUCUAAUUGUUGCAGAAGCCUACGGUCUUAAUCAGCCGGCAGAAUGGGCCCUAGUCCUUUGGAAUCAGAUGCUUAAUCCAGAACUGACAGAAAUUUUUGUGGCUGAAUUUGUGGCCGUGCUUCCUCUUCAACCAUCUAUGCUUAUUGAACUAGCAAGAUUCUACAGGGCUGAGGUAGUUGCUAGAGGUGAUCAAUCCCAAUUCUCGGUUUGGCUCACUGGUGGAGGGUUACCUGCAGAAUGGGCCAAAUACCUUGGGAGAUCAUUUAGAUGCUUGUUGAAGAGGACUAGGGAUCUGCGGCUACGGUUGCAGCUGGCAACUUCAGCUACUGGAUUUACUGAUGUGGUGGAUGCCUGCAUGAAGGCCUUGGAUCGGUUCCCUGACACUGCAGCGCCACUUGUUUUAAGGAAAGGACACGGCGGGGCUUACCUCCCACUAAUGUGAGACAUAUUGUUGAUACUCUUGAGAAUAUGAUUUUUGGCUGGGCCUGAUGAUUAUUCUGAUGGCUACGAGGAAUGAUGAUUGAUAGGAUGAUCAUACUCAUGGAUGCCACUGACAGUUUCGUGGUAUUCUGAUGGCUAUGAGGAAUGAUGAUUGAUAGGAUGAUCAUACUCAUUGAUGCCACUGACAGUUUCGUGGUAUUGCCACUUACGAUCAUCACCGAAGAACAUGUGAUAUUGGUUAUAAUGGUAAGAUAUGAAAGUCAUCAAUUGGUUGCCGGAGCUUCAUGACAUGUCCUCCAUAUUAUAUAAUGUCGAUUGCACAAACUCAUAAUCAGAAGAAAAAAGAUAGGAAGAGUGUAUUUUUUUCUUUUUAGUUUUAGAUGAGGGGGUUGCUUUGCGAUCGUAAUGUUGUACAAUGCUUUUGUUUCAUUUGUUCCCUUUUUUUCUAAAAAGAAAAAAGGAAGAAUUUUCGUGUUUCGAAUUAGCAACAAUUUAUAGCAGGUUGGAGAUGCCAUUGGCAACGGAUGAAUAUUUAAGGGUCCAUAUAACCAUUCCUGCAAGACUAAGAGAUGUAUAGUUUGUUCAUUCGUUUUUGAAAUAUUAUAGUUUCAUGUGCCA